UUUUACUUGUCUGCCCCCUCUCUGUCUCUGUACUGCACUUGGCACUUUCACAAACUGCUACUGCUGCUACUACUACUACAAGACCACACACACCCACUUCAAUGUCAGUGGUUCACCGGAAGAAGCUGUGGAUUCGGACAAAUCGAACUUCAGAGACCAAAUUUAGGGUUUGAAGUUUUCCCCAGUUUUAGGGUUCAAAAAAUCCCAGGUAAAUUACACCUCAAUUCGAUACACCCCUUCUGAAUCGAAUGUCCUGAGCUCCCUUUCUCCUCUGGGUUCAGAAAAUGAAUGAGGGAACUCGUUUGAAGUUCCAAAACCCAAUUGGAGACGCCAUUACCAGGAUCAGAUUCGCUCCCAAAUCCAACAAUCUCCUCAUCUCUUCCUGGGACACCAGUGUUCGAUUGUAUGAUUUGGAUAGCUUUAUGCUCCGAGUAGAGGCUCCCUCCGAAGCUGCACUUCUUGAUUGUUGUUUCCAGAAUGAGUCAGUUGCUUUUGGCGCUGGUUCUGACAGUUUCAUUAGAAGGUAUGAUUUGGAUUCAGGAAUUCAUGAUACUCUUGGAAAUCAUGAUGAUUUAGUGAGCUGUGUUGAAUAUUCUGCUGAAACACGUCAACUAAUCACUGGCGGUUGGGACAAAAAGAUAAUGUCAUGGGAUACGCGCUCAACAAACACUCUUGGAUGCUUGAACACUGCAGGUGCAGAUGUGGAAUCUAUGGCGGUCUCUGGGUUUCAUUUGAUGGUCGCUGUUGGGUCAUCCGUAAACAUAUAUGACUUGCGUAACUUUAACAAAUCAGUUUAUGUGAAGGAAUUAUGUCUGGGCAUUCAAAUAAGAUGUGUCCGGCCAAUUCUUAAUUGUGAAGGAUUUGUGGCUGGAUCAAUUGAUGGACGGAUAGCGUUGGAGUAUCUUAAUUCAAGUGACACAGGAUAUGUUUUUUGGUGUCAUCCAAAGUCAAAAGAUGGAAGGCAUCAAGUUGUAGCAGUGAAUGACAUUGCAUUUAAUCCAUUUGUCUCCGGUGCUUUUGUCACUGGCAACAAUGAGGGUUAUGUUACCUCAUGGGAUGCUCAAAGCAAGAAGAGACUACUACAGUUUCCAAGAUACUCCAAUAGUGUGUCAUCCUUAUCAUAUAACCAUGGGGGGCAACUUUUGGCCGUUGCAUCAAGCCACACAUACACAGAAGCAAAUGAAAUAGAAGAGCCCCCUCAAAUAUUCAUACAUGAAAUCGAUGACAUCUGCACUGGAUCAGUUUCUGCUGGAAAUUCCACGUUGAAUAAGAUUGCACAAGACAUUAUUUGAGAGAAGCUGCACUUGUUGGCCUAACUCGCCACGCCAAGUGGAGAGAUUCGAUUUCUUUGAUGGCUUCUCUUGCAGAAUGAAUGCAAUGGAAUCUCUUACCUGACCCUCAGGAAAUGUUGUAUAACAUCUUGUAAUUGUUGGAAUUUUAGUAGGUCUUGCUGUUCGGCUUUUGGUCACGCCUCUGAUCGUGAAUGGCUUUGCUUUGACUAGUUUGUAAAACUCUCUUUUAUUUACUUUUAUAAAUAUGAUUAUCAGAGUUAUUUUGAAUAAUUAUCUACAUAAUUUGGGGUGUCUUGACCUUGGGGAUA